CUAUUUACUUUUACUUUUUAUUUUGAGACAGGUAGAAGUUGAUCAGGCUCAGUUAUCUGGGACUGUGGGGGUGUGCCACCAUUGAUAUUUAUUUGUUUGUUUGUUUGUAUUUUGAUACAAGACAUUUCUUAAAUGUCUGUACCCUGCCUCCCUAACUAAGCAUUUAAACAGGGCCCAGAUCUCCUAUGGUCCUUUCUUCCGCCAUGGUUAAGAACUCCUCCAGGGCAAGGGCCAGUGUGCAUCCGCCCUCCCGUGUUCUGGGACGAGUCCUCACAGGACCACCAGCAACCAGGAAAGCUUCAGAGUUUCUGUUUCCGGGAAAGUAGGUGGGAAAGCCUUUCCCCCAGGCGUAAGCACGAGUGCUCAUUUGAGUGACAGCAUAGAGCCCGAUUCAGCCCACCCCCACACCUGGGGCGGAUCCCCCGGGUAACCUAAGAGCUUACCGACAGCCAGACACUCCCAUUCUGAUCUGCCCUGACCCCAGGGCAACAUAUCCGGCACCUGGGCAUUAAAACGAUGUUUUACUGGAGUGACGUCAUAUCAAGACUAGACAGAGACCACGGAGUGGUACCGGAAGACUCUUUCCAGGUCAAGGGCCAACCGUCUCCAAUACAAAGCAGUUUAGGGUCUGGGGAAGACCUGCCUAACACGCUGCUCUAGACCCUGGUGAGAGGGGAGGAGUCGUCUUUCGCGGAUCUUCUGCUCAGGGCUAACCGCUAACGCUCACCGCCACCGUCAUCCCCUACCACUCCCAGGCCUGGGAGCUUAGCUCCCCAUUGCCGCCAUGGUCAACAUCAACGAGCUGCCAGAGAACAUUCUCCUGGAGCUGUUCACCCACAUCCCUGCCCGCCAGCUGCUGUGGAACUGCCGCCCGGUCUGCAGCCUCUGGCGAGACCUCAUCGACGUGGUGACGCUCUGGAAGCGCAAGAGCCUGCGAGAGGGCUUCAUCACCGAGGACUGGGACCAGCCGGUGGCUGACUGGAAGAUCUUCUACUUCCUGUGCAGCCUGCGAAGGAACCUCCUUCGAAACCCAUGUGCUGAAGAGGACAUGAGGUCAUGGCAGAUAGACUACAACGAGGGCGAUGAGUGGAAGGUGGAGAGCCUCCCUGGGGAACACGGCAGAGACUUUCCUGACCCCAAGGUCAAGAAGUAUUUUGUCACCUCUUACGGCAUGUGCCUCAAGUCCCAGAUGGUGGACCUCAAAGCUGAGGGCUACUGGGAGGAGCUGAUGGACACCUUCCGGCCCGACAUUGUGGUCAAGGACUGGUUCGCCCCCAGAGCGGACUGUGGCUGCACCUAUCACCUCCGGGUACAUCUGACCUCAGCUGACCACAUCGUCUUGGCCUCCUUUGAGCCCCAACCUGUGACCAUCGAACAGUGGAAUGAUGCCACGUGGAGGGAGGUCUCUCACACCUUCUCUGACUACCCUCCAGGCGUCCGACACAUCCUUUUUCAACACGGGGGCCAGGACACCCAGUUCUGGAAAGGCUGGUACGGCCCCCGCGUCACCAACAGCAGCAUCAUUAUCAGCCACAGGACGGCCAAGAACCCCGCCCCUGCCAGAGCUCUGCCGGAAAACACUGUAGUAAUAGGAGGAAGAUACCCCCCAACUUUGGCUCCAGAAACCCUAAUGGUCGACUUUCUCUGAGAGCCAUCUGUCCCCCUCCGCUGGGGUCUGCUUUGCAAAGCAAAGUCUGGCAAGAGUUUAGUGGGGAGUCAGGUCCCCCGUCCCAUGAGCACCUGCCCUACGACCUCCAGCAAACCCAUCAACUCAGCGGUGAUUUACAGUCACAGAGCUUUGACAUUUUGUUGUAAUAAAUGUUUUCAGUAA